UCUUCUCCGGCUGUCCGAUCUCUCUUUCUCUCGGCUCCGUUUCUUCUGUUGUUGCUAACUACUGUUUAAUAUCUUCUUGUCUCUACCAGACAACCAGAAUUUUGACUGCUGUAGACUAUUUUGAGCUCAAGCUGAAGCUCUGAGCAGAUGUUCUUCGCUCGCUGCUUGCUUUUCUCAUCUGCUUCCUUCAAGGAUCGCCUCCGUCGCCGGUGAGUUAGGGUUUUCUCUGGCUCACCUCUCAGGCAAUCCUUGCUUCUCGCCUUCCUCGUACUUUCCUUGUUCCUGGCUCAUUUUUCUCCUGCAAUUUGAAAUCUGCCAUCUCCCCAUCUCUUUCCUGUCUUUCUUCAUUUCUAUUUUCUCCGAACCACAAUUCCCCUCUUUCCCUCUCUUUCUCCUCUUCACUGCUGGCCAGUCCAGCUAUCGAUCUCUGCAAUUUCACCUUUCCGAGACCACUUUGGGUUUCUCCUGCUGGAUUCUCUCAGUUUCUUGAUAGUUGCCCUCCCACAUCUUCUUUCCGAGCUGACUGUGCUAGCUUUAGGUUUUCUGUCUGAAGGAAGUGGAGAGCUUUGUUGUAACAUGUAUUUUUAGAAUGGUGUAUUAGGUGUGAUUUAAGUUGUUGUUGCAGUGCUACGAUAUGGGAUUUGUUUACUUGUAAAUUUGGGACGUCGUGGUUAGGUUUUAAGUUAGUUGCUGUUAGUUCCUAGUGGUGCGGAGAAGACAAAUACUUGUAUGCAACCCUAGGGUUUCUGCUCCCUGGGGUAAGAGAAAUGUUUUAUUCCCAGUUCAUACUGGCCAAGAAAGGGCCUUUGGGUACGAUAUGGAUAGCCGCUCAUUUGGAAAGGAAGCUGCGGAAGAAUCAGGUUGCAGAUACUGAUAUUGGUGUAUCUGUUGAUUCAAUUCUGUUCCCUGAAGUACCAAUUGCACUAAGGCUUUCCAGUCAUCUUCUGCUUGGUGUGGUGAGGAUAUACAAUAGGAAGGUGAAUUACCUUUUCGAUGAUUGCAGUGAGGCUUUGCUAAAGAUAAAGCAAGCUUUUCGGUCCACUGCAGUUGAUUUGCCACCUGAAGAGUCAACUGCUCCAUAUCACUCCAUCACCUUGCCCGAGACUUUUGAUCUUGAUGAUUUCGAACUUCCAGAUAAUGAUAUUCUCCAGGGUAAUUUUGUCGAUCAUCACAUUAGUUCAAGGGAGCAAAUUACCCUUCAAGACACUAUGGAGGGUGUGGUUUAUACCACAUCUCAGUUUGGAUUGGAUGAGCGAUUUGGUGAUGGUGAUACCUCACAAGUUGGUUUGGAGCUUGAAGAGGAAUUGUUCCUUAACAAUGCGGCAGCUUCAGGGACCAAUGAGGUUUCAGAAGUUGAUCCUAGGACGUUGAUUGAUGUUACAGAAGAACCAGAAAGAGGUGAAAGGGACUUCAGAGCUGCGGCAUCCUCUGCAUCAGUUCUUGUGAAUGGUAGUGGAAACAAGAUUGGAUGUCUAUCUCCAAAUGCAGAGCUUGCUGAAUAUGCUCAAGCUCCAUCUACUCCUGUAUUAGUAGAAGAGCCAAACCUGUCCAGUGUUCAGCAUGGGCUGGUCUGUGAUGAUCAUUUUGAAUCAGAAGAUCGCAAUUCGGCAGAUAUACAUGGUGCAGAGAGCACAGAACAUUUAUAUAGCAAGUCUGAUCUUCAUCACAGGGAUGGAGCAAUUGAUUCUUCAGUGAUUGGUCGUAUUCAAUGCCAGGAAACUGAGCAGGAUGUCUGCCUGGUUUCUGAUUUAACAAUUCAUGAUGCAACUCUUGAAGAUGCUGUGUACGCCGCUCCAGUGUCUAUGGAGUACACGCAGGAAGACGGAACUACUAGUGGUUUGCAGGAUGCGGACAAGGUGGAUGAAUAUAAAGAGAAAGUCGUAGGAGGUGUUGAACCAGUUCCACAGCCAAUGGAGUUAAUGGACGAGAAAUGUGAAAACUCAUUUGGGGCUGGAUUGCUAGAGACUGGUCCUGUUGAUGCUUCUAAAGAUGCGGGAGGACAAUUGCUUGACAAAAUGGUAGCACAAGAUACUGCCCGUGUAUCUGAGUCUUGUUCAGCUCCUGAGCAUGUUAGUACUGAAAUACAUCCGUUACAGGGAGAGGCAAAUUUAAACAACAAUAUCGGUGACAGACAGAUGAAUCCAUCUACUAGCAUGUUUGGACUCCGGCCAUGCAACUCAAAUCCAAAUGACUCUGUUCUUCCUCCAGACAUACAACCACCCUUGGCUGCCCUAUCUAAAACACAAGAUGAUAAUUACUCACAUGGGACUUCUACUAAUGAUCAAGGUGAGGAGUGUAAUUUAGCUGACAGCGGAUUGUUGAACAAGCCUCAGACAAUACAGACUGAUUUUGAGGAGGAAGUUUUGGACGGAGGCCACAGGUUGGAAGACAAACUGGACAAUGAAAACCAAAAGAAUGAGCACUCUGAGAAGGUUGAUGACCUCCCUGUACCUGAAAAAUUGCUUUCUGUACCGGAGAAGGUUCUUGAUAGACCUGAUGAGUUGAUGAAUGCGUCAACACCAGUCAGUGAACUCUUAGGAAUCAGUAAUGGGAAUGGCUCUGAGAAUAGAGUUUCUGGGAGAAAGCGCAGCUUUACUGAAAGUUCCUUAAAUAUGCAAAGUGGAAAUUCUGUGGAGUCACUUGGAUUAUCUAGAACGAAAAGAACCUCGGUGUCAGAGUCCGUUCCUGAAGAUGAUGAUUUACUCUCUUCUAUUUUAGUUGGGAGAAAAUCUUCAGUUCUGCGGCUGAAACCUACUCCACCUGCUUCGGAGAUGCCAACUGCGAAACGUUCUCGUCCCACUUCCCGUCUUGGUGCCUUCAAGAGGAAAGUGGUCAUGGAUGAGAUGAUGGUUCUGCACGGGGAUACAAUACGUCAACAAUUGACUAAUACCGAGGACAUACGCCGUUUACGGAAGAAGGCUCCCUGCACAGAGAUGGAGAUAGUGACGAUGCAAAGGCAAUUUUUGGAAGAUGAAGUUUUGACUGCACCAACCUUAUCUGGUAUGGUAACACAAUUGAUGCAUUUGCACAAUGAAACCCUUGAUUUGAGUGGAAUAAGGGUUGUAAAAAAUGAGGUGUCUUCAGAUACUGCUGUGGAUGUAGAAUGUUCCGCAACGCUUGUUAACCAACGUGGUGAAUUGGACAAGAUCAUUGAACCUGUAGAUUGUAGAGAAAUUGAUGGUGAACAACCAGUAGAGCCUCCUGUUCUGGACAAUCAAGAUGAGAACCAACUUUUUAGUGCUUGUGGUAAUGUGGGGCAGAAAGAUGAUAUUGGCAUUGUUGUUGAUCUUGGAACAACAAGCAAUGAAUUUUUCGAGGGAAAGCUAGAUACAGGGGCUAACAAGGAGAAUGCUGAAGAAACUGAUGCACCAGAUGGAUUUGAGACAUCCCACAUGGAGCAUGCUCCCCUAGAUAUUUCAGGGAAGCCUGUCAUGCUUUCUACCGAGACUUCUUUUUUGGGCAAAAUUUCUCAUGAGGAUGCUUUGAAGGAGACAAAUGCUAUAAACGAGCUGUCUGAUGAGAUAUAUACUGUGCCAGCUGAGGAGGAAACACGUUUGAAGGAAAUGAAUGAUGACGAACUACCAGAUGGAGUUGACAUGGUUGGCCAUCAUGGGGAUGUUCUAGUUGCUACCAGAAGUGAAUUUAUCCUGGAGGAGGAACUUCUAAUGCAUGAAUGCAAAGAUGACCCUGCUAUUCAAAUCACAGGUGACCAAGCCGAUGGUAACGCACCUUGUGUCAAACCAGCUACGUUUGACACGAUUGGAUGUGUUGGCAUUGCCUUAGUAAAUGAGCAGGCCCUGGAACAUGCUGAUGAUGGAAAUGUUAGGCUUGGUAGCGAGGAUGGAUGUGAUGUAAUGGGCUUUGAGCGCAAUGUUGAGGAUAAGUCUUGUAGUCAUAGUGAAGAAUUGAAAAUGGCCUCCGCACAUUCUGCAGGAUGUGAUGAUGAUGUUAAGAACAGUGGUUUUAAUGAUGGUAAUAAUGUAGUUUCUCAAGAUGCCAAUUGCCAAACUACCACAAAUGCAGAAGUAACUGUUCUUGAUUGUCUUGCCACUGAAGAUCAAUGUGAAUUUCCAGACAUCUCAUUCACCAAUGACACAGGUUUGAUUUCCUUUGUCACCACCAUUAUACUCUUCUGUGUUUGCUUAGUCCGCCGCCCUCCUAGCUAUAAGUUGAAUAUUUGAUGUUAAGCCUCUAGAAGAUUAUAAGUUUGCUUAAUAAAAAAAUUGUAAUAUCGCUGAAAAUCACCUAAGUGAUGAGUUGAAUGUGACUCCAGCUACACAAAGCCUAAGCGGCCUCUUAUUUUUAGUAUGCUAAUGACAUUGUCAGAACUGUCUCGAACUUCCUCCUCUAGGAACUUUCCUAGCUGUUUGGUCUGUCAAAAUGUUUUGAUUGUGGCUUGCUUUGUCUCUCUCCCCCCAAUAUGGUUUAUGGACCAUUGUGCUUCUUGACACUUUUCUAUUUCCAGAAUUUUUGAAUGUUGAUGACGAUGAGAUGGGAGAAGACGACAAUGACAUGCCUUCUGUUGAAGAUACUCGUCUUUUAGACAACAGUGGAUGGUCUUCCCGGACAAGAGCUGUUGCCAAGUACCUCCAAACUUUAUUCGACGAAGAAGCAGGUCAAGGCCGCAACGUUGUGUCGAUGGAGAACCUGCUAGCUGGUAAAACACGCAAGGAGGCCUCGAGGAUGUUUUUUGAGACAUUGGUGCUUAAGACGAGGGACUACAUCCAUGUUGAGCAAGGGAAACCAUUCGAGCACAUUAACAUAAAGCCAAGAGUAAAGCUAAUGAAGUCGGACUUCUAAUAACUUGUGGCCAAGGCAAAAGAAAAAAAAGAUGGAGGGAUGUGUUUCAUCAUUUCCCAUUAGUUUUUUUUUCUUGCGUCACUGUGAUUGUAGUUCUGUCAAUUUAACAGCCGACAGGUCGGGUAGAUGGUGUAGGUUUCCAGAUAAGAUUUGAUUGUAAUCUCUUCGUUGUAUGUAUUUAGUAUCUUAUUUAUGUAAAUACGUACGGAAAAGAAGGUGAAUACUUAAUAUCUUACUGUUCUAGUGUUCUAGUACUAGAUAGUUAAUACUCAGUUUAAUAUACUUAUCGUAUGUAUUUUAUCUGAUUGAAAUUUCGUUUUUGUAUUAUUGCCAAACAGUUUCAUUUACUUAUGUAUGAUCGUAUAUAUUUUAUCC